CAGCCAAGACCAACAGUCCUUCACCUGUCAUCAUGUCUCCCAUUGCAUCCGGAAAGAACAAGUCCGAGUCCCUCAGUGCUCGCAUUGCUGGCAGUGCCAGUUCAGGUAUUCUUGAAUUGAUCAUCUUCCACCCUGUUGACACCGUCGCCAAGCGUUUGAUGAGCAACCAGGCAAAGAUCCUCCUCCCUGGAAUGACCUUUGGUGAGAAGAAGGCUGCCUUGGACUUGGUUAUCUUCAAGGAUGCUGCACAAAAGUCUUUCUUGAAGAAAUACGCUUCCCUUUUCCCUGGUCUUGGCUUUGCUGCUGGUUACAAGGUUGCCCAGAGAGUCUACAAGUUCGGUGGUCAACCUUUCGUUAAGGAUUACCUGAACACCAACCACCAGGCUACUUUCACCAACGCUUUUGGUGAGAAGACUGGCAAGACUGUUAUGCAUGCUACUGCCGGAAGUUUGGUCGGUAUUGGAGAGAUUGCCCUGUUGCCUUUGGAUGUCUUGAAGAUUAAAAGACAGACAAACCCCGAGGCUUUCAGAGGCCGUGGCUUUUUGAAGAUCGUUCAGGACGAGGGUAUGGGAUUGUACCGUGGUGCUGGCUGGACCGCUGCUCGUAACGCUCCUGGCUCCUUUGCUCUUUUCGGUGCCUCUGCAUUCGUGAAGGAGUACAUGUUCCACCUUGAAGAUUACAGCAAGGCUACCUUCUUCCAGAACUUCUGUGCCUCUAUUGCUGGUGCCGUUGCUUCCAUCACCGUCGCCGCUCCCCUUGAUGUUGUUAAGACCCGUAUUCAGAACCGUAACUUCGAUAACCCUGAGUCCGGUGUAAACAUUGUUAAGGAUCUUAUCAAGAAGGAAGGCUUUGCUGGUUUCUUCAAGGGUUUGACCCCCAAGAUCUUGGUGGUCGGUCCUAAGCUGAUCUUCAGUUUCACCAUUGCACAGCAGCUUAUCCCUGUCUUCGACCGUGCCUUCAACGGUUCCAAAUAAAACCGGCAUACUUUCUUUGGUGCACCUCUUUCUGUAGACUCAGAUAGAAUAAAAAAAAAACCCCCUCUCAACCUUUCUCAUAUUAAUCAUCAUUUCCUGUUUAUACGAUUAUAUUUGUUCAUUUAGUGCUUAAAAAGAAAAAAGAAAAUAAAACACUUUUUAAUAAUCGG